GACGCAGAGCCUGGGAGGGGGGAGGGCUAUUACUCCAAUUCUCAGUCAAUGGAAUUACAGCUCUAACGGCAGUGUAUAUAGGAUUGCUUUUUCUCGUCUUCCUGGAGAUGCUCAGUCCCUGUAUAUUUUAAGGAAGAGAGAUCUAAAAGAAAUGUAUUAUGCUUCCUUUUCUUUCCACGAAGAAUAUUUGAAUUAAGUUUUCUUUACCUCUUAAAAGACAAUACUUGUUCCCGUAUAACGUCACUGCACCAGAAAUUCUGAGAGAGCCACAAGAAGCAAAAACUGGAAAUAGCUAUUUCACAGCAGGGCUCUGAAGUAACGGAAGCUACUUUGUGCAAAGACCUCAACGUUGCUGACCAUGAUCAGCCCAGUUUGGAGCAUCUUCCUCAUCGGGACUAAAAUUGGGCUAUUCCUUCAAGUGGCACCUCUGUCAGUUAUGGCUAAAUCUUGUCCAUCUGUGUGUCGCUGUGAUGCGGGUUUCAUUUACUGUAAUGAUCGCUUUCUCACAUCCAUUCCAACAGGAAUACCAGAGGAUGCUACAACUCUCUACCUUCAGAACAACCAAAUAAAUAAUGCUGGAAUUCCUUCGGAUUUGAAAAAUUUACUGAAAGUUGAAAGAAUAUACCUGUACCACAACAGUUUAGAUGAAUUUCCUACCAACCUCCCAAAGUAUGUAAAAGAGUUACAUUUGCAAGAAAACAACAUAAGGACUAUCACUUAUGAUUCUCUUUCAAAAAUUCCAUAUCUGGAAGAAUUACAUUUAGAUGACAACUCUGUCUCUGCUGUUAGCAUUGAAGAGGGAGCAUUCCGAGACAGCAACUAUCUCCGAUUGCUUUUCCUGUCCCGUAACCACCUUAGCACAAUACCCUGGGGUUUGCCCAGGACUAUAGAAGAGCUACGCUUGGAUGAUAAUCGCAUAUCCACUAUUUCAUCACUGUCUCUUCAAGGUCUCACUAGCCUAAAACGCCUGGUUUUAGAUGGAAAUCUGUUGAACAAUCAUGGUUUAGGUGACAAAGUUUUCUUCAACCUAGUAAACUUAACAGAACUGUCACUGGUGCGUAAUUCCCUGACUGCUGCACCAGUAAACCUUCCAGGCAUGAACCUGAGGAAGCUUUAUCUUCAAGACAACCACAUCAAUUGGGUGCCUCCAAAUGCUUUUUCUUAUCUAAGGCAGCUGUAUCGACUGGAUAUGUCCAAUAAUAACCUAAGUAACUUACCUCAGGGUAUCUUUGAUGAUUUAGACAAUAUAACUCAAUUGAUUCUUCGCAACAAUCCUUGGUAUUGUGGGUGCAAGAUGAAAUGGGUACGUGACUGGUUACAGUCACUGCCUGUGAAGGUCAAUGUACGUGGGCUCAUGUGCCAAGCCCCAGAAAAAGUUCGUGGGAUGGCCAUCAAGGACCUCAAUGCUGAGCUGUUUGAUUGUAAGGACAGUGGUUUUGUGAGCACCAUUCAGAUAACCACUGCAGUACCCAACACAGUGUAUCCUGCUCAAGGGCAGUGGCCAGCUCCCGUGACCAAACAACCAGAUACGAAGAAUACUAAGCUCACUAAGGAUCAGCGAACCACAGAAAGUCCCUCAAGAAAAACAAUCACAAUUACUGUGAAGUCUGUCACUUCUGACACAAUUCAUAUCUCCUGGAAACUUGCUCUACCUAUGACUGCUUUAAGACUCAGCUGGCUUAAACUGGGCCAUAGCCCAGCAUUUGGAUCUAUAACGGAAACAAUCGUAACAGGGGACCGCAGUGAGUACUUAGUCACAGCCCUGGAGCCUGAUUCACCCUACAGAGUGUGCAUGGUUCCCAUGGAAACCAGUAACCUCUACCUAUUUGAUGAAACUCCUGUUUGUAUUGAAACAGAAACUGCACCCCUUCGAAUGUACAACCCUACAACCACUCUCAAUCGAGAGCAAGAGAAAGAACCUUACAAAAACCCUAAUUUACCUUUGGCUGCCAUCAUUGGGGGGGCUGUGGCCUUGGUGGCCAUUGCCCUUCUUGCUUUAGUGUGCUGGUAUGUCCACAGGAAUGGAUCGCUCUUCUCAAGGAACUGUGCGUACAGCAAAGGGAGGAGGAGAAAGGAUGACUAUGCAGAAGCUGGUACUAAGAAGGACAACUCUAUCCUGGAAAUCAGGGAGACUUCUUUUCAGAUGUUACCAAUAAGCAAUGAACCCAUCUCAAAGGAGGAGUUUGUAAUACACACCAUAUUUCCUCCUAAUGGAAUGAAUCUGUACAAAAACAAUCACAGUGAAAGCAGUAGUAACCGAAGCUACAGAGACAGUGGCAUUCCAGACUCAGACCACUCACACUCAUGAUGCUGGAGGACUUGCAACAGACUGUGUUGGGUUUUUUUUUUUUUAAACCUAAGGGAGGUGAUGGUAGGAACCCUGUUCUACUGCAAAACACUGGAGAAAAGGACUGAAAAAAAAAAGCAAUGUACUGUACAUUUGCCAUAUAAUUUAUAUUUAAGAACUUUUUAUUAAAAGUUUCAAAUUUCAGGUUACUGCUGCGAUUGAUGUAGUGAAGAUGCCUGAACACAAUUCUAUAUUUUAGUAUUUUUUAGUAAUUUGUACUGUAUUUUCCUUGCAGAUAUUGAAGUUAUAAACCAUUUACUUUGUGUUCUACUGAGUAAGAUGACUUGUUGACUGUGAAAGUGAAUUUUCUUGCUGUGUUGAACAAUCAGGACUGCGUUCACAUGAGAUCCUUGUAGUAUAAGCACAGGCCAUUUUUCACUUUGGUAUUAAUAAAAUGUACAAAAAAAAAGACAAAAAAAACCUGGCUGAAUGGCUGAAUGGGAAAAAUUAAAUUUCAAACACUUGUUAUGAAAUGUUCCAAUUAUUAAAUUUGUAUUAUCCCAGUGGUAUUCAAUAAAUCAAAAUGUGUGAAGUAAUGGGCAAUAUUAAACUUGCUGCACAUCGCCAUUUUUGCUCUAGGCAAAUUAGAUACUAGAUAUCCUUAAGAAUGUUAAGCGAACUUUCUGAACUGAAUACAUCAGCUGACAUAAAAGGAAUGUGAAGUCUGCUGCUAAAGCCCUUGUCAACAAAGCUUUGAGAAUAAAGAGCUUCACAAAAACAAUAAUGAAAGCAUGCUUCCAAGUUAGGGGGAAAAAAUGCAAACUUAGGAAAACAUGAAAACUUAGACGUGUAUAGUAUAAUGAACACAAAUACCAGAACUGCAUUUUGGUUUUGCCUGUACCAUCCUGAUUUUUGGAAAGUGAAUUCUAAACACAAAAUUGUUAGUGUUGAUGAUGUUUUUAUCAUACAGGAUAUCCAAGAGAAAUUGUAUGCAUAUUAAAAGAUAGCAUAACCAUAAGCAAUUGCCCUCAACAAUCCAGAAAAAGUAGUACUUUAUGAGAAUUUUAAAGAAAAUAAAUACUAGCAAUCAAAUUUAGAUUUGGUUUAUGUGAAAUGUUUUAACACUGUACAUAAACGUUCAGUUUACUUUCACAAUGAUCAAGAAUACUGCCCAUUACUGUCACAGUUCUCCAGAUAUUACAUAAUGAACUUGUAAUGUAACAUUUAUUUUUAGCUUCCUACUGAAUUGUGAGCUAUUACUUCUUUAAAAAUCAUAUCACUUUUUUGUUGCCAUAAUUUUUUUUCAACAAAAAACCAAAGUGCUUUGUAUGCCCUUUGGCCAGUCUUGUAUGUGCCUUGAUCCAACGCUACAUGUAUUCAGCUUUUAAAACUCGACAAAUUUUUCAUACUUCUUUAAAUAUGAAAAAUUAUGGUCUUAUUGCUGAAUAAAACUUAAAAAAAAAAAGUACAGAAUAAUCGUGCUUGCUUUUUCGGGAUUAUGUUACUAUCACUAAAGUAGCAGAUUGCCAGCACAUUAGUCCUAAACACCCCAUGUAUUUUUCUAGACAUAAAAAUAAAAGUUGGC